GCUCAAACGGACAGUGUAUGUUGGUUGCUGGCUUGUUGAUUUUCGUGCUUCUGGUGACCCGACCAGCGUUCAAUAUAAUUAUCGAACGACCGUUUAAAAAAAUAUUUUUGUUUUGUUUCGAACGACCGUUUGAAAACUGAUAUUGUUGUUUUUUGUAAAUUGAUAACAAAACGUUGUCAUCAUUUCGAUCGCUAACGUACCCCACUUUCCCAACUAUGUUUAACCAAAUACUGUUUAACCAAAUAUAGUAACGUUAGCUAGCUAUCUUUACUUUAUGUGAUUUGCUCGACCACAACUUGUAAUCAACGAUAUGCCUAGAAACGCCCGCAAAAAGGAAGAUGUCAAACGAGUGAGAAAAGGGAAAGUUAACAUACAAUCAAAGGGAACAGUUACAGUAAUCAACGGAGGACAAGAGAAAGUUAAACGUAAACGGCCAGUAAAACCACCGGUCAAGUCGAGCGUGAAGCAGCAAACGAAGCCAGUUAAAACCCCAGGUGGUCGGGGCCUUGGGAAAGCAGGGGCUAGGCGUUUGGGUCAGCUAUUGAAGCGUGCAAUCCAAGAGAAGAAGAAUGUUACAGGAAACGAAAAAGUGCCUUUGCCAACGACCCCAGUUCGCCUGUUCAAGUACCAGGCAGAGGCUGCAUCUGCACCCAAAACCAACGAUGCAAGGCGUGUGGCUACCCGGGUCUCCCAGCUCAUCCUUCGGGUAGUCUCCCAGUGCAAGCACCGGGGUGGCAUCUCCAUGGUAGACCUCAAGCAUGCCCUGGCUGCUGGUGGCUAUGAUGUCACCAAGAACAACACCCGUGUGAACUUAGCUGUGAAAGGCCUGGUGAGGAAGGAGACACUGGUGCAGACUACUGGAGUUGGUGCAUCUGGGUCAUUUAAACUCAACAAGAAACUGACGUAUGAGAAGAGAGUUAAGACAAGAGCCAUGAGAGACCGUGCAGCAGCCGAGAGGGCCAAGCAGAGAGAACGUGCAGCAGUCGAGAGGGCCAAGCAGAGAGAACGUGCAGCAGCUCAGAGGACCAAGCAGAAAAAAGGAAUUUUGAAGCCAGCAGCAGAGAAAGGAAAGGCCUUGAAACCAACAGGAAAACACCAGAAACCAGUCUCAAAAGCUGUGAAACCAGCAGGAAAAACUCUGAAACCAGGAGCAAAAACAACUAGAAAAGCAGUGAAACCAGCAGGAAAAACUCUGAAACCAGGAGCAAAAACAACUAGAAAAGCAGUGAAACCAGCAGGAAAAACUCUGAAACCAGGAGCAAAAACAACUAGAAAAGCAGUGAAACCAGCAGGAAAAACUCUGAAACCAGGAGCAAAAACAACUAGAAAAGCAGUGAAACCAGCAGGAAAAACAGCUAAAACAGUUGUAGGAAAAGGUCAAAGGGAAAUAGGAGAUAGACCAAAACAAGUAGGCAAAAGCCACAAACCAGCAGGACAAGCAUCAAAAUCACCAGCCAAGGUCCAAAAAACAGGCUACAAAGCCCCUAAACCUGCAGGAAAGUCAUUGAAAGCAGCCAAUCAGAAAACCCGCAAAAUGGUUGUAACCCCCAAAACAAAGCCACAGAUAUAGCGACCUGGGGUUGCUAAAAGACGUGCUUCCUUGUGGAAAUGGACUGAGUAUGGACUAAAAGAGUAAUAUGUCAGUAGUAGAUUUGUCAAAUUACCUUAGCCUUACAACAAUAUGAUUGACAAAAUAUA